CAUGACAGGCCCGGCUGUUGCUUCCCCGCAGCCGCGGCGGAGCGAGCCCGGGACAGGCACGGCAGGCGAGCGGACGCUGCGGCGCGGGUCUCCGGGCAGAGUUGGAGGAGUUGCUGCUCGCGGCGGGUUGGGAGCCAGCCCCUGGCAAAGGGCUGGGGAAGCAGCCCUGGUUGGGGAGCCGCUAGCCAGGAAACCCCCAGGAGAGGCGGGCGAACAAAACCCACCCUCCGCCUCGCCCAGCAAAGCGGCGGAGAACUCCCCCGUCCCCGGGCAGGAGCGGAGUGGUGCCCACGGGAGACGCGAUGAGACUUGCCCUGUGAUGGGUCCCCCCGCAUCCCCCCGAGCCCCCGUGAGGGCGAAAUCUCCAGGGAGCAAGGAAGAGUUGGAAGCUCAAUUCACCUGAGGCUGGAUCUCUUAGGGGUGGGGGUUGGGAUUUUUUUUGGGGGAGGGGGGAAAACAUUUGGAAAAAACAACAACAACAACCCUCACUUUUAUUUUUGGAGGGGAGGAAGAAGGUUUUGGGGGUUGGAAUGGAGGGAUUGGUCCUCUACCUGCGCCAGUCCUGGCCCGGAGCAGCGCAGAGCUGGGGUUCCUUACCAGCCAACUGGCCAGGACUUCCAGCCUAGGAUCUGGGAUUUGGGGCUCUCCAUGCACUGAGAGAGUCUCUCACUGGAUCUGUUUGGUGAAGUAGCAGCAAAGACUUUGCAGCCUUGGACUUCUCUUCUGCAACAGCUGUAUUUGGGGGGGAGGGGGGCAGGCAAGGGGGGAGGGGAACAUCAGAAGGAGUCAGGAGACCUUUCACGUUCUCUACAUGCUUGACUCAGGGAUGAGCACAGGCCGAGUCAACGCAUACAGCAUAGUAUCCUCUGAGGAAGACGGGCUGAGGUUGACCACCAUGCCAGGAGUCAACGGCUUUGGGAACGGUAAGAUCCACACCAGGAGGAAAUGCCGAAACAGGUUCGUGAAGAAGAAUGGCCAGUGCAAUGUUCAGUUCACCAACAUGGAUGACAAGCCUCAAAGAUACAUCGCUGACAUGUUCACGACGUGCGUCGACAUCCGCUGGAGGUACAUGUUGUUGCUCUUCUCCCUUGCCUUUCUGGUGUCCUGGUUAUUAUUUGGGCUGAUUUUCUGGCUCAUUGCACUUGUCCAUGGAGACCUAGAAAACCCAGCCGGGGAUGACAACUUCAAGCCUUGUGUUCUUCAAGUGAACGGCUUUGUGGCUGCUUUUCUGUUCUCCAUUGAAACCCAAACGACGAUCGGCUAUGGAUUCCGCUGUGUGACAGAGGAGUGCCCGCUAGCCGUCUUCAUGGUGGUGGUGCAGUCCAUUGUGGGGUGUAUAAUCGACUCCUUCAUGAUUGGGGCAAUCAUGGCAAAGAUGGCCAGGCCCAAGAAAAGGGCCCAAACGUUACUUUUCAGCCAUAACGCUGUCGUGGCCAUGAGAGAUGGGAAGCUCUGCCUGAUGUGGAGAGUUGGGAACCUUCGAAAAAGCCACAUAGUGGAAGCCCACGUGAGAGCUCAGUUAAUUAAGCCUCGAAUCACCGAGGAGGGGGAGUAUAUCCCCCUCGAUCAAAUAGACAUUGACGUUGGGUUUGACAAAGGCUUGGACCGUAUUUUCUUGGUGUCGCCAAUCACUAUUCUUCAUGAAAUCAAUGAGGAAAGCCCGCUGUUUGGAAUUAGCCACCAGGACCUGGAAACAGAUGACUUUGAAAUUGUGGUGAUCCUUGAAGGGAUGGUAGAAGCCACAGCCAUGACGACACAAGCUCGGAGCUCCUACCUGGCUAGCGAGAUCCUGUGGGGCCACCGCUUUGAGCCCGUCCUGUUUGAGGAGAAAAACCAGUACAAAGUAGACUACUCGCACUUCCACAAAACCUACGAGGUGCCGUCAACCCCGCGUUGCAGUGCUAAGGACUUGGUGGAGAACAAAUUCCUGCUCCCUAGCACCAACUCCUUCUGCUACGAGAAUGAGCUUGCCUUCAUGAGCCGUGAUGAGGAGGAGGAGGAGGAAGAGGAUGAUGACAGCAGGGGUCUGGAUGACCUGAACCCGGACAACAGGCAUGAAUUUGACAGGCUUCAGGCCACGAUAGCACUGGAUCAGAGGUCAUAUAGAAGGGAGUCCGAAAUAUGACUCAGGGCCCCUUCGCUAACUGUUCUGAGGUUAUUUUUCCUCUCAUCUCUUCCCCUACCACCUGCUCAAAUUAUGCAGAACAAUGCAAGUGCCAUAGGAAUGCUUGAGAAAUUAGUAUUGUUUGUAGUUUUAAGUUUCAUUGCAAUAACCACUGAACGGUCUGUGAUAGGAAACCACAACAGGCCACAGAGUGUUUUGAACUUCCAGUGUUGAUAAAGCUAUUAGAAAACGUACUGGAAGCAGAUUCAAUAUGGCGGCACAGCUAAGGGAGAACACCGGGGGUGGGCUAUGUAGGAGUAUCGUCUUAGCACGCAGAGAGCUGGUGAUUUUGUUUUCUUUCACUCUGUGAAAAUGAAAGCAUUUUCAUGAAGCUGAGCUCUGCGAGGUUCGAAAGGAGGAAAUAUCAGGAAACAAAUCCUUUUUUGGUUUCGUUUUUUUUUAACUGAACACAAAAAUUAUAUAUAUUUCUGGCAGGAGAUGUGAUUCAGUUGCACAAGACCGACACUUGAAAACACAUACCGUAAAGUACUCCUUUUUUAAUUCGGGGGAAGGGAAAUGAGGUUUUAAUUUGUCAACUUCGUGCUCGGGAGACUGUUUACCAAUAAUAAUAAUGUAAUAAUCAUACAUUCAAAAUGCGAGUCAAUAUAUUUUUAAAACAAACAAGGCAACGAUGAAGCUGCAUGAAUUGUUUUAGGGCAGACUCCCAGGGUGCUUAGCAGGCCGCCUCCUGGUUAUUGGCUGGCAAAGCUUUGUAACCAGGUCGCAGCACUGACUGGCUGAAGCCCAGUGGCAGUGAAAGCCAGGAGCACAAUUACUGGCGACGUAGCACAGGGAAUGCUAGACUAGACUCUGGGAUAAACAAACAAUAAGAAUAAUAAUUAACACGCCGAUGGAAAUAUUUAUCUGGGGGCUGGGGCGGGAUUGGGCGUGGCCGCUGGGUUAACAUUUUGGAGCACUGAUAUUUUUGUUUUUUGCACCUUUGGCUAAAAUGAGCUGGAUUCUCGUUUGGGGUUAAUCAGUUUUGCUCCGUUGAGUAGCUAAGGCGCAAACGUUCUGUUCUGAGUCACUUGCAGGCAGUGGGGUUGUGACUGAGGAUGAAAUGUGGCCGCAUGGGUCAGCCUUUAAAUGGUGUAAAUCUCAUUGACUUCAGAUUUACACUCGCUUUGGAUCUGACUCCGUAUCUCCAGUGGGACCAUUCAGAAUGUUUAUUUUUUUAAAGAAUUGAAUGGAAGUUCUUGAAGUCAGGUAUUUCCCCUUUUUUCAGUGAACCUGAUUCCUCCCCCCCCCCCCCCCGCCCGCAAACAAUUCAGUUGUUUUAAACAUGAAAACCUAUGUGCAAUAUAUAUAUUUUUUGGUACUUUUGCACACAGCAAAAUUCACAAGGAGUUGGUUGCCCUCCCUCGUAUUAGCAUCUAUUCUAUUCUUGAGCAUGUUUGUAACUGAUGAAUUGCCCCGGCAUUGGACAGUGCUACGUGCAAAGGCCAAAAAAGGGAACCAAUGAUUUCUCUGAUUCAAACCUUAUCUACUCUCAAACCAGGGGUCCCAUGCCUUAGAGAUGCAAAAUUGUUCAGCUGUACACAGCUUUUCCCCAGCACCAGAAUCCCUGCUUUGAAUUGUUUCCUAGUCAAGCGCUCUUCCUCCAGCCUUACGGCAUGUCAUGUGUCGCUCCAUAUGGGUUCAGCCAUGCAGCAAGAGCACAGAACAAAUCAUAUGCAAUAAACAGGGCCCACACUGCACACAUUACAGGCUAUUAUUGAUUACCGGCUGUUUGUUAUUCCAAAAGGCACAAAAGAUCAUGCCUGUACUUGCGUGGGAGCUUUUGCUCCCAGAGGGAAAGGACCUCAGGGGCUCUCCGGCACUGUGCAGAGAAAAGAUCCAUCUCAAAUUAGAAUGAAAUCAUUACCGGGUCUAUCAUUACCUGUGUCCCAAUGGCCUAAGGUUCAUGUGGCCAGCUGUCACUUUCCUACAUACUGAACUUCCCAGUGACAGCUAGUGGAGAGCUCAGAAACUCCUGCUCUAAAAAUCCAGACUCCUGCCACUUCAAAUAAAGGAGAAACUCUAGUAGCUAUUGGCAGUAUAGUGCCUAUGACACACAAUUGUGCAGCUUUUAUUUUAGCCAACAGAGAGCAGUGGUGGGUGCACAGAACCACUGGCCAAUUCAUUUGCUAUAGCAUCCAGAUCAGCGAAAGAGGCAAUGAAAGGGAGGUGAAGGACCUGAGAUAUGGUCAUCAGCCAAAUCAUUCAUGACCCACACUCAGCUCUUGUUAUCUUUCCAGGGCACUGCAAACAGUAAUGAACGUAGCCUCCUCCAGUGCAUGCGAGGAGUUAAGUAUUGUCAUCCCCUGCGGCACAGAGAGGUUAAAAGACUUGCUCAAGGCCACCGAGGGAGUUGGUGUCAGAGACAGGAUUAGUCCUGUGCUCAGACCACCUGUGACUCGAGAGAGAGCUCCCACCUUUUCCUCAGCAGACCUGCUUCUCAAGCCAGAGUGCUGCACGGGCCCUCCUGUACCGCUGCGUUCUAAGCACUGGCUGGAACGUGCAACUUGGAUGGUAACAAUUCGCUCUAAGGAACAGGAGGGGUCACCAAUACAGAGGUUACCUCUCCGGGGAAUUUUCCUCCAAGUCGUCCUGGUACCAUUUCCAGCGUCCGUUCGCCUUUCCAGCAGUGAUUGAAAGCUCCAUGCUGCUCACUCAAGGGGCUGCUUUAUUUUUGGCUUCCUCUAAAUGAUGUGCAGUCCUGCUCUGUGGGGGAAGGGGGGAGAAAGCAUCUGCUUCUCCUUGACAAAUGUCAGCACUGCUGUGACUAUUUUCGGCUGGCCUAGCGCAUGGGCCUCCUGAAUUCUAAUCCCAGCUCUGCAAAGGACUUGACAUGUGGCCUUGGGAAAGUCUCUUAAUAUGUCUCCCUCAUUCCACCUGUAAAAUCAGAGCGCUGCAGAGGGGAGAUUGGAAAGAUUAACUGUUUCAUGUGACGGUCUCCCAUGCUGCAGUGGUAGGGUUGCCAGUUUUGGUUGCACGUAUGCCUGGAGGUUUCAUCACAUGACACCAUCUUUAAUUAAAGAUGAGUCUUUAAUUCCUGGAGACUUCAGGACAGGAAUGGAGAGUUGGCAACUGUUGCGAUGUCACUGAUGUCAUGGGAACUCUGAAUCAGUAUAUGCCAGUGCAGGAUGAGCGAUGUUUGUCCAGUGCCCUGAAAAUGUUUCAGAGCUGAGAAUUUGUCCCCUGUGUAACUGGAUCAUAUGGACACACCAUCAGAGAUGGGCAUGGCUGCAUAGAGAUAUAGUCACACCUGCCCUGCGAAGCCCCAGGGCAGAGGCAUAACUUUUUUGUGUUUCUAAGGCAGAAAAUGUAGGUGUGAUCCCACCCCCUUCCCUGCCCGGUUCCAGCUGAACCACACAACUUCCUUUCUCUGAUUCGAGGGACAGUUUUGGUGCCUGCUUCUUGAGCAACAGUGGGGAUGGGGGAGGGGAGGGCAAGGUUCUUUCUUGCGGGUAUUAUUUAUUUAUUUUUAUUUUUUUCUAAAAUGCUUUUUUUUGGGUGGCUUUAGGUUCUUUUGAGAAAGAUGCACAACUUUGCUGCUGUCGGGUUCCUUUCGUAAUAUAUAUCACGGUAAAUAUUUGUAUAUAAAACUGAAAAGUGAGAAAAAAAAUAGAGAUGUCUUUAAGUAAAUUAUUGCUUUUAAAAAAAAAUAUUAUAUAAUUGUACAGUCCCACCUGGGAGAAUAGAAUAAUAUAUACAUAUGUAUUUUUAAACUACUGCAUAGGAGGAUGUGAACUAGCUUGUGGAAAACCCAUGCAGCCCUAGUGAAUUGAAUUUCAAAGACUUUUCCUCAGUCUUGUUCACACGCCCCCUACCCCGAACAUCUCGCUAGUGAAGCACUAGCUCUGGAGAGUAAUGUUAUAUAUAAUGUAUAGUUCUAGAGAUGGAACGUGCUGUUACAUAAUGUAUAGAUUUUUUUUUUUUGCCUAACUGUGAGUGCUAUAGUUGAUCAGUCUUUUUACAACUAUCAGGGAGCAAUAUAAGGAUGUCCCUACAGUUUCCUCUAGGCUAACAAAUAGUAUUAUUGCAGCAGAAUGCAAACACUCAAAAAGAAAAGACGCCAAACAAAGUCUGGGUAUUUGACGUUUGUAAAGAGGACCAUCUCCCACACCGUCAAGAAGCCUGCAAUGCAAUGAGCCGGCUACAGACUAAGAGCGCUCUUCGUGCGCAUUGUAUGUGUCGACAAGCCAUUCAUGCAAAAGUGUUUUGCUCUUAAAAGGGGUGGUCCUGGGUAUGGUGGUGGGUGUGGCCAACCCAUUAAUGAACCGGGGGUUGCCUUUAAAAGGCGUGGCCUUCUGAAAGGGAUGUGACACCACACCGCAGGGCUGAAGUGGAAUAGGUCAGGAGUCACUGGACGGAGUUACUCUGGUACGGGUACAUCGAAAGCAGAAUUUGCCAUGUGAAGAGAUACUCUAUCAACUUCAGUCCUGGUGUCUUCAGCCUGGAUUCCACACAAAUCUCAGCCCGACUCAGGGAUUUCCUGACAGGCCAAGCAAGACAGGAUUCUCCAUGUGAUUGGACAAUGUUUGAGCCAAUCUCUGCCAAGCUCUUUGUGUUUCUUUGGUUGGUGUGUGGGAUUGUUUUGUUUAUUUGUGUUUAAUUUCCUGAGUUCAGGGACAAGUAGGAGACCUUCAUAGCCAACCAGAGACGGACACCUUUCUGGAAAGGGCUUUUUGAGCAGAGCAGGUGAAGUGGUGGGUAGGCAGAACACCUACCAGCCAUUUCCUUGAAGCUUAAAACCCCAGUUAUGUCUAGUUAACUCCCUGGUGUGACUCUUGGUCCUCAGAGAAUCUUUGACAUCAGAGAUGGAAAAGACCCACCAAGUCCUCUCUGCCAUCCCGUCUGUAUAUAACUAACCCUCCCUUAGUCAGGGUUCGAGCAAACCUACAUAAGUAACAGCUCCUUUGGAAAGGAAUCAUUUUGAUUGGCUGGCUGGGACCCUGGGCCAGAUCCUGCUCUCAUUUUCGCUGGUGCAGCUCCAGUGAGGUCAAUCCGGUUGCACUAGUGAAAGCAGAAACUGGUCUCUAUCCUAAGAUCCCUGGUUCAAGAGCACAUUCCCUGCUUCCUCAAAUACAGCUACACCCUGAGGCUUUGCAGAAGAACGGCUGCUCAGCCUGCACUGGGGAAAUCGAAUCCGCAUCCUCCCACCCAGGGGUUGGCAGAAGGUCUCCCUUCCCUCCUUGGAUAGUUUCUGGGUGACUCUUAGCCCAGCUUUCUCCAAAUGAUAGAUGAUUCAGCUGUUGCUUGCAUACAGGGAAUGGAAACUGUCAUGAUAAGACUUAGCUGCUUCUUAUUUAAUCUAGUGCACUUAGUCUUUAGGGCUGGGACAAUCACUUACCUGUAACCUUUUGAGAUUCGGUGCCUGCGUGACCUUCAAACCUUUUGUAGGAGACGAAUUCAAAGCCACCUUUUCUAUCUUUAAUAAGGCAGAACAAAUGUGUUUAUUUUUAAACUUUCCUGCUCUUUUCUUUUCACUUGUGCUGAAGACCAAAAGAGUCGCUCCUCUUUUCCUUGCACUUCAAAAGGGAGCGCUGAUGGGAGGAGUGCAUUUAUAGAGCGUGUGUAACAGAGAUAGGCCUAAAGAGGCACAUGUCUGAUCUGGAGCUGCCUUUCAAACCCCUCGCAAUUCAGGGAUGCUGGGAUCUGGGGUGCGGCCUGUCCGGUUGUAGAAUUAAAGCUCAGUUGUGAAAUGUGGAUUUGGGUUUGGGUCUAGGAAACCCCAAACUCUCCAAAAUGUCAGGUGUAUUUAGAUCUGGAUAUUCAUUUUAGGCCCAUCUUCUAAUAGCUACCAGAGCAGAAUCCUCUCCGAGUCCCCCGUUCAGCAAAGCGCUUUAGCAUGUGCUUAAAGUUAGGUGCCUACUUAAGUGCAUUGCUUCAUCCUGUGAAUAUGCCAUGGGUGAAUCAGAGCCAUAGGGCCAACUCCUGAAGCCCUUACUCAUCCCUUCUCAAGCUGACGUCAAUGGGAGCGUUGCCUGAGCAAGGAACGAGUAAGGAACAUCCUGAUUUGGUCCAUCGUGAACCAUUUUCCUCCAAAGAGCGCAACUGGCAGAUGGUGAUUCACAGAGAGAAUUCGCUGAAUUUCAUGUUCUUCUGUUCUGAAAAGAGCUUCGUUGUCUUUCACUUCGCCGUUUCUCUGCUCCACUGUCUGUGUGCCUGUGUGUGUGUGUACACUGAAAAGCCAAGUGGAAGUUUUCUCCAGACCUCGCUGCCUUUGGCUGGUACUUUAAUGGUCCCCAGUUGACAAUGAAAUCUGGAACUGAUUCUCCAGUGCCCUGAUUCACAACUGAGCCUCGUGGAGUCACUCUCACUAGUGCAAAGUGAGUGAACAAUCCCACCAUUCUGACCUGGAGGCAUUUGAUGCUCACUUUGCACUGGUGUAGGGAUUUGUCUAGACGGUGUGGCAAUGCGCACUUAGAGGGAUCUGAAUUGUAAAUCGCACCAAUGUGUUAUGCACUAACUGGCCCGUGUGGACCCUGCUGGCAUGCAGUAAAUGUUCCCUAAGGCAUGUUAACGUAGUACAGUUUCAACAGUACUACAUCAAUGCGAACUUCAAUGCACACCAACAGAGUCAGAUAGGCCAGUUAGUGUGAAACACGUUGCUCUUUAGAAUUCACACCUCUCUAAUGAGCAUUGCUGUGCUGUGUAGACAAGGUGCCAGAUGCUGGAGAAUCAGAUACUGUAUGCUUAGGCAGGUCAGUUGCCAGAGAGCAUUUGCUUCCUGGAAAAUAAAAAUUAAGUGGUGAUAGAGUCCAUUCUUGGAGGAUUGUUUUUAUAUAUAGUGGUUAGAGACGUUGCUGGGCUUUCUGGGCAUAUCUGUAUCGGUUCCAUCAGCACUGUUUGUUAUGUGUUUCAUGGCACAUAUAUCUGAGAUAUAUGUGACAAUAUACAUAGAGAAGUAAAAUGUAUUUCAUGCGACAAAACUGGCCAAUUUUCAUGUUCUUUUAAAUAUAUAUAAAUAUAAAAGUAUCCAAAAGAUAUAAAUAGCAUAGAGAAAAUAAUCUAAAUAUGUAAUAAAUGUAUUUUGAUCUAUUUAAAAUAUGCUGUAUAUUUUAAAGUUCAUAAAAAAAUUGUCUGGUUGUAUCGUAUUUUAAAUAUAUUUUAUUACCUUGUUACUUGUCACAUAUAUAAUUUAAAUGCGCAGCAAACUUGGUCAGACGUUGAGCAAAGAUCUGGGCAAGCUAUGCUGAUCAGUAGGACGUUAAAAUGAAGAGCAUCAAGCCAGCAAGAGCAAAGAAGGAAGAAAGUAUCUUCAGCUCUUCGUGGCGAGGUUUCCCUGCAUCCUCUCUGUCGUAGUAGAAAGCCCAGUGAUUGCUUGAAGCACUGAUCUCUCAGUGGAAAGUUGGCAUUCCGAGGUGAUGGAUCUGGUUCACGGGGGAGCAGCUAAGGGUUUAAAAGGGACUUGCUUGUGCUAACAAAACAGAAAAUCCCCACGAGCUGAACAGAUCUAUCCACUCGCUGGUUUGAUUGAGAUAGCAAAGUUUCAAGGGCUGGGUUUGGGGUGGUGGAGGAGCAUUGUCAAGCUUCGAUGACAGGAAGCUGAUGAAAUAUUUUUUGGGGAACGUGACGUUCUAAGUUUUUUAAGCUUUUUAGGAGACUGUAACAAUGGGACAUGGCUUAAGAGAUCUUUAGAACCCCAAGGCCCAACGAUGGUCUCAUUUACUGGUGUAAAUCAGGAGUAACUCAAUUGACGUCAAUGAGGUUACGCCAUUGUAGAAGUGAGAUCAGCAUCGGGCCCUACAAAACAACAGGGAAAGGAGUUUCAGCCAACUCUUCUUUCCAUCAUGCUGGGAGGUUAAAAAUCUCCCUCACUUUCAGCAGACACAGGGAAGGGGUCACAGGAAGAAUCAGUAGGGCGGAGAAAGGCAGCACAAUGCCAACAAAGAGACGCUACUGAAACACACAGAAGAGAACCUACAAUAGACUAGGUCUCCGUACUAAGAGGAAAAGAUGUGGAAGCAGAGAGGAGAUUGGGAAAUGUGUAUUGAGCCAGAACAAAAAUAGCCCAGCUGUGAAGAUGGCCGAGUCCAAAUCGCUAUCCAAAAGUUUCUUCAGAGCAACAAUAUUCAUUGUCCCACAUGGCAGCAUCAAGGGACCAUUUGUCUGAAGUGUCCUUGAAUUCCAGUGGGAGCCGUUUUCAGAGUGCACUGCUUCCAUGAAAGGAUGUUACGUGACUUGAGCUCACAUGAAAGCUCUCAAGAUCUUUUAGCAACAGAAGGGAAAUAUGCUAGAAAGUAAAUAAUACAUAGAGAUUUAUUACAUGGUGGACACAACGACACUGGGUCAGCCAUUCUGGGUUUUCCUCUUAACUCUUGUACAUGAGUUUUUGGGGGCCGGAGGGCACAGGGGUUGCUGAUCUGAUCUGGAGCCUUUGCCAAAUAGGUCUGAGAUCUGAAUCCAGGCCAGGUUAGUAGUGUCCAAAAGUCAACAUGCUUAGAUGGCUGCUUGUUUGGUAGCCUGGUGAUUUCAGUCCAGUUCUUAGUAGAGAGCUCUGAGCAUUACAAAAACCAGGGACAACAGCUGGCUCUAAUCAGCAACCUUUUAAUCACCUCAACAGAAAGACCAAGAACACAAACAAUUCAAGGGCUGGAGAAAAUGCCUUGCAGUGAGAGAUGUAAAGCACUCAGACUGUUUGGCUUAUUAAAAAGAAGACUGAGAGGUGACUUGAUUACAGUCUUUAACUAACUUCCUAGGGAGCAAAUACUGGCUACUAAAAGGUUCUUUAAUUUAGCGGAAAAAAGCACUGUGAGAACCAAUGGCUGGAAGCUGAAGCCAGACACAUUCAGAUUAGAAAUUAGGCACAAAUUGUUAACAGUGAGGCUGAUUAAACACUGGAACAAACUGCCAAGGGAAGUGGUGGAUUCCCCAUCUCUUGACCUCUUCAGAGCAAGACUGGAUGCCUUUCUGGAAGAGACGCUUUAGCCAAAGACAAGCUCAGUACAUGGGUAGCUGGGUGAAAUGUAGUGAUAGCCUGUGAUAGCCAGGAGGUCAGACUAGAUGAUCUAAUGGUCGCUUUGGGCUUUAAACUCUGCGAAUGAAUCUAUGUCAACGAAACAGCUGCACGCUGAAGCCCCGAAGGGGAGAAGUGUUCAGGACGGCCGGUGCUGUACCUGUGUUGUGGAUAAACAGAGAACUUCAGCCUCAGAUCUGGCCCCCUUCAACAAAGCAAACAUCCACUCCAAAGAGCUCUGGGGCCGGCGCUCUGAGUGUUUGCUUUUCUAUUUAAUCGUAAUGAAUAACGAAGUCGCUUGCACUAUAAAAACCUAACUCCAAAUAAAUAAGCACCUGUCUUAAUAGCACAGAAGCCAGGAAAGCCCCAGAGGAAGCUCACACUUUGGACCCAACUCGUCCCCUUGCAUCUGGGUUGGAGCAGGUAUCUCCGCGGCAUGGGGGCGACUUACCUAUUGAAGCAAAUGUGCUGCAAACACACUCUGCAUUUCACUUUAACGCUACAUUUCUGGGUCCUGGUGGGUUAAACCUGGACCCCAUUUUCCAAAGCGGAUGCACCAGUCGAAAGAUGAAUAUGCCUAUAGCAGCGGCAAAAGCUGGGUAACUGCACAUCUAGUCACUGGUUCGGACUCCUAGCAGGCAGGGAAGUUAAUUUAACUGGAGAGACACCUGAUUUACAUGUUCAAUUGCAAGUUUCCACAGCGGAUGGGGGCGUGCGUGUGCAUUCGGCACAUGGGUUGUUGUGGGAGUGGCAGGCUCAUGCAUAUCUUUUGCAGCCACAUCCACUGAGUCCUUGUUUGGUUCUUUUUUGUUUUCCCAAUACAGAUGUUUGUGGAUAUGCCUGGGAGGCUAGAUGACUUAUAUCAGAGAACAUGGGUGAAAGGAAGAGAUUGAGCCUUUGAAGAAGGAUGGGGUUCUUGUUCUGUAGGAGACAACCUGUGCCCCCUAUUGUCACUCACGAGUGAGUGGACAAAAAGAACUUCUAUCACCACAUCCAACUUGCCAAGCACCAUGGCCCCAGCAAAUAAAUUAAAUGCCUAUUAGCUGUUAUACAUGUGGUGGUUUCUUAAAUAUGCUAAUAGGAAGCGUCUGUGUUCAGUCCAGUGAACCCUCAACAAGUUUUGAGGGUUAAGAAUCUAAUUACAUUGCUGAUCAAAUGACUGUUACAUGGCGGGCAGAGGCAUUUGGGGCUAUUAAUUCCACCACCAGAAAACCUUUUCAGCAAUCAAGGCCUGUUUGGCUGCUUAAACACUGACGAGGCGGAGAAGUUUUAUCCAUUUUCUAUUAAUCACCACCCUGCCCAAGGACCUUCCGACCUAGAUCACAGCCCGGCUUCAAGUAAGCAUCUAGUGCUAUUUAUUCAUGCACCACUAUCGGUACACAUAGAACAAAGGACCCAGGGCCUGAUCCAGACGGGAGUCUUUCCAUUGUCUUCUAUCGAUUUUGGCUCCCAUUCACAGUGAGUUUCAGACAGGCUGGAGUUUGGAUCAAUAUUGUUGUGGAUAGCAGGGCUGACAGGCAGGCAGCCAUUACUCGCUAACAUAUUGUAACUUCAGUUGAUAUUGUUUCAAGUCUUUCAGUCCCUGGAGAUUCUGUUACGCCCAGGACAGAAGGGUUAUGCCCAGUGAAGAAUACUCAUGUGAUGCCAGGAACACACCUUAGCAUCAGUCCGGACAUCCAAGUCCGGUAUAGCAUGGGAAGGGUUAAACUGCAGCUUAUCUUGGUAUGCUCUGUCUCAUGCCCAAUUCGCUAAAAGACUGAGAAGGCAGAAGUGGCUGUGUUAAAGUGAACAGGCUGACCAAAGAGAGCUCAGUGUCCUACUGCUAACUGCAGGGCAGGAUGGCAGAGUCCAGCAACAAGGGGAGAAGAUCUUUUGUUUUAAUCUGUGUUUAACUGUGUUGUCUUCCUGUGGGAAUUAUCAUUAGAGCCAGUACUGGGGCUCUUGGACUUAAUGCACCCAGGAAAUGCCCCCUACUAGACCAAGGUUGCCGGAGGGGUGCGGGGAAUCUUUGUGAAAGGAACCCCACCAGGGAAAUCCACAACUGAAUUCCCACCACCAGGCCUUACAGAAGGGAAGCUGGGGUUGCAGCUGAUGCGAAAGCCAGACGCUUCUCUCAGUCACUCCAGUGUAAAUCUGGAGCGACUUCAUUGACCUGCGUGGGAAUUCUGGAUGCACCGGUGUGUGUCUGAGACAAGAAUCUGGCCUAACCAGCAAGCACACAGAAUGGUGUGAUAUGAUCAACAGCAUUUCUCUGACCAAAGAGUCCUGAGCUAAAUAAUAAUAAUAUAAUUAGUAACGUUGCACUUUGGGCGGGGGGGGGGGGUGUCAGGAGGGCAGGAAAUAAGGUUUAUUAAAUUUCUCCUUGUCUUGAGAUUGGCUCCCUCUGUCCAGCCUGGAGACAGGUUGAAGGUUGCUUGUUCACUGGGCACAGCUGUGUCAAAGAGAACACAAACCAGAGCUUUCCUUUUUGCCCCAGCCCUAUUUGUUUAUGUCUUGGCAAUGCCUUCUGGGAAGGCCCGAACAACCUGUUGUGUGAGGAUCUUUGUAUCUACCCUAGGGUAUGAUACCUCUGGGAUGUUCAAGGCAUGUCUCAGAUGAGGUAACCAUAGCAACGCAUCAUCAGCUUCUCUCUGCUUCUCCUGUCAAUUUUGUUUUUCCUCUUGUAUUAAGGUGGAACCUCUCUGACUUUCUUUUUCUCUCUCACUCUCCUCCCCUUCUGCCUGCACUACCAAAGGCAAGAAAAACAGCCGGGGCUUGAGUUGCCAUUUCCUUACACUAGUUUUACCCUGGCAUAAUUCUGCUCCUACUCCAGAUUUGCCCUGGUGUAUUUAAGAGGCAAAUCAGGCAAUUAGAGUCCUUUACCAUGAUAAUGAAAACCUGGCUGCUUUAAUUUCUCCAUCCAACCUUAAGAAGCUCUUAAGUAUGACUGGGACAUAAUUAAGGGUUUCCCUUAUAUUUGUUGCUAACAGGUCACUGUCAGAGUAAAAAUCUUCAGUAUGCUUUUUCCAUGAGAACGUCCCUUAUUUCUAUUAGUAAUAACCCUGUGCAUUAUUCAAAUGGAAAGAGUUUUAAACAUCUAAUUUAAUUCCCACCCUUUAAGUUCUUUGUUCAAUGCUCACAUUUAAUUUAGCUUAGAUAGAGAAAACAGAUGAGUCAGUUGCACUUUGUUUCUUGUCAGUCUUUAGUCAGUUUUGCUGACAGGUCUCCAGGAAUCAGCAAAAGGCUGCAAGGUUUGGGUCUGGUGCACUGAAGGGGGAGUGUUUCUUUGUUUGAGAAAAUCUGUCUCCAUUCUAAUAACUUUUAAAAAAAAUGCAAUGGAAAUAUUUCUACUGGUCUUUUAAGUAAAAAUUAAAUUUGGGCCAAAUUUGCCCCGCCAGUACCCCUUUCAAGAGAAGAUCAGGGAAACAGUAGCCAAUCAGUUAUCAUGGAGGAUAAUUCCUGUGUCACUUACAAGUUGCCAUUCACUACUCCACAAAGUGGACUCCGUGCCCUUUAGAGUUUUUAGUUUUUCCUUUUAGAAAGGGAAGAUUAUAAAUGGCCAAGUUAGUUAUGUUGGUAAAUGAAUGUCUGUGCACAGACGGCUGUUUUCUCCUCUCCUUUUUCUUAAGGGGCACAUCUGCAUUUGCAAUGCCUGUUUAGCACUUUCAGAGCAACUUUCAUCUUCAAAGCACUUUACAAACAGCAACUAAUAAUUCCUCACAACAUGCCUGUGGGGUAGACAAGUAGCCCCCAUUUUACAGAGGAGGGAAACUGAGGCAGGGGGAAGUAAUUUGCACAAGGGGGCAUGAGUGUCAGAGCUGAGACUUGAACUCAGGGGUUCCUCGCUCCCUUGUGUGUUAACCACUAGAUCUUGUUGCGGUGUAAUGAGAGAAAUACAACACCAAAGAUGGGGUUCCAGGAUAAGAUCAUAAAAGCAGAACUCAAAGGCUGUUGUUGUUUUU